AUGGUUUGGGGGCUCUUGUUGUGGUGCCUUCUCAUGGCGGCUGCUGGAUACCAAGCCCGGGAGCGACUGCCCUUCUUCCACGGGCACGUUUUCGAGAACUCGCCGGUGGCUUCCAAAGUGAACGGACUGAGCGUUCCAGUGAGGCGGGUUGACGCGCAAAGAUGGUGCCCAGGCUCCGGAACGCACUUCAGACUCUACGGGAAUGGCAGCGACGAUUUCCGCGCCUUCGCCCACCACAGGCGGGGGACCCUCUUACUGAGAACUUCCCGGGUCUUGGACCGAGAGGCCCGGGCAGAGUACCGGCUGAGGGUCGGUGUCUGCUGCCAGACCUGCGCGUCGGGCUCGGUGGUCUCCGAGGUGGCGUCGCUCAAAGUGGAUGUUCUGGACACCAACGACCACGCACCCACUUUUCGCAGUGCAGACCCGGUGCAGCUAACUUUAGAGGACACCACCCAGCUCCGGAGGGUGGUGCACCGGCUGGAGGCGGUGGACGCGGACAGCGGAAGGAACGCAGAGUUGACUUAUCUCUCCGUGCCCGGGAACGGCAGCUUCUACGUGGUCCCGAAGACAGGCGAAGUUCUGCUGGUGGACUCCAUCCUGGGUCUCCCCUCGCAGGUCAGCUUCACAGUGUUCGCCAGGGACCACGGCUGCCCCCCCCUGACCAGUGGGGGUGUGCUGGUGACCAUCGCUCCCCAGCGGUGGGCCACCAUGCGCCACGCUGGGGCCACGCACCGGGCACGGAGGGCAGGAGGGCGGUCACCGAGGGCUUUGCUUGACCCCGGUUCUCUGGUUCAGCUCAACGUGUCCGAGGACGCCAGCGCGGGCUCGGUCAUCACCAGCCUGAGUCCCGGCCGGUUUCAGUCCGCCUCCUUCGAGCUGCUGGUUCCCCCGGAGUCUCAGAGCCUUCCGGUCAGCGUGGGGCGCGACACCGGAGACAUCACGAUCAGCAGGAGGCUGGACCGGGAGGCCGAGCCCGGCCUGGAGCUCACUGUUAAGAUCCAGGAUAAACGAGGCCCGGAUUGGUACCUGAACAAGGUGAAGCUGAAGAUCAUUGAUGUCAAUGACAACGUCCCUGUGUGGAAUAUGAAGCCGUACCCUUACUUGGCUGUAGUCUCCCCCGAGGCCUCUGCUGGGACGUUCGUCUACCAGCUCCAGGCCCAGGACGGGGAUGAGGGCAGCAGUGGAGAGGUGGAAUACUUCCUGUCGGAUGGUGGUGACGGCUGCUUUGCGGUGGACAAGAACACCGGCCAGGUGGUGACCACGGGGACGCUGCUCCAGAGGGACAGGGAGUACUUGUUAAGCGUGGUGGCCCUUGACGGCCCGGGCAGCCGCAGUGCCCCCGCCAUGCUCUCCGUGAUGGCAGGAGCCCGAGCACCGCAAUUUACCAAUAUUAGCUACGCCAUCUCCAUACCGGAGAACACACCUGAAGGACAGCCCUUCCUGGUGGUGCUCGCCAUCUCUUUCCAGAAGCAGCCAAUCGGCUACAGCCUGCUGAUCAAUCCCAGCAGUCUGUUCAGCAUCCGGCAGGAGACGGGGGAGAUCAGCCUGACCAGGGCGCUGGACUACGAGAGUGACCAGCGCCGCUACCUGCUGAUGGUGCGAGCCAGCGAGGAGCCGGGCAGCCUCAGCACGGCCACAGAGGUUCAGGUGUUGAUAACGGACGAGAAUGAUUGUGUCCCGGAGUUCCUCCAAUCCAUCUACAGCGUGGAUGGAGUCCCUGAGACUGUAACCACGGCAACGUCCCUGCUGCAGGUGCUGGCCACGGACUGUGACUCGGGGUUGAACGCUGAGCUCACAUAUUACACCCUGAGCCCGGACUUCAGCAUCUCGCCCCAUGGGACCGUUUUCCCCGCGGGCCGGCUGGACUACGAGAGGCCCAACCAUCUCUACGAGUUUGUGGUGAUGGCCGUGGACAACGGAGCUGAGCCCCAUUCCGGCACCGCCACAGUCCGCGUGAGGAUGGCCAACGUCAACGAUGAGGCUCCGGAAUUCUCCCAGACUGUAUAUCGAACCUUUGUUUCCGAGGACGCCGGCCCCAACACCCUCGUCGCCACCGUUCUGGCCAAAGACCCAGAUGGCGAUGGAAUCAUCUACUCCAUAACAGCAGGCAACGAGGAAGGAAACUUCAUCAUCGACAGCCAGAAAGGGCUGAUUCGCCUGCGCUCCACUCCACUUCCCAAGCUUCAGGGGCUGGAGUACGUCCUGAACGCCACGGCCACAGACGACAACGCAUCGGGGGGGCCGCACUCCCUCUCGUCCACGGCUCAGGUCAUCGUCGGGGUCGAUGAUGUCAACAACAAUAAACCUGUGUUUGAGGAGUGCCAGCAAUAUCGUGAGCAGGCUUCAGUGCUGGAGAACCAGCCAACGGGGACUUUUGUGUUGCAAGUGCACGCUGUGGAUGCAGAUGAGGGAGCAAAUGGAAAAGUCAAAUAUGGCUUAAUGCACAGAGACAGCACCAUGCCUGCCUUCAGAAUUCAUCCGGACUCAGGAGCGAUCACGACGGCCAGACGCUUCGACAGGGAGCGGCAGCGAGAGUAUUCAAUUACAGUAACGGCCACUGAUUGGGCGGAGGAGCCGCUCAUCGGCAUCUGUCAGCUCACCGUCCAGAUCCUGGACCAGAAUGAUAAUAACCCCAAGUUUGAGAACCUGCGCUACGAGUACUUCCUGAGAGAAGACACUCCGGUCGGCACCAGUUUCCUUCGAGUGGCCGCUCACGAUGACGACUUUGGCACAAACGCAGCCAUCACUUACUCCAUGUCCCCGGAGCAGCCCGAGUACCUGCAGGUCAACCCUGUCACCGGAUGGGUCUACGUUAACCAGCCCAUAUCACAGAGGCCUUACAUCGCCCGGGACAUCGUAGCGACCGACGGCGGAGACCGGAACACUUCUGUGGAGCUGGCUGUCACCAUCACCAACGUCAAGAACCAGCCUCCGCAGUGGGAGGAGGAGAGCUACAGCGUGGUCAUACCCGAGAACACCGCCAGAGACACGCCCAUAGUGACUGUCAAGGCGACUUCUCAGCUGGGCGACCCGAGGGUGACCUACAACCUGGAGGACGGGAUGGUCCCGGAAACCAACAUGCCCGUGCGGUUCUACCUCUCCCCCAACCGCGAAGAUGGCUCAGCGUCAAUUCUGGUGUCUGAGCCGCUGGAUUACGAGACCACCGCCUUUUUCUCUCUGAGGGUCCGAGCGCAGAAUGUGGCUGCCGUGCCUCUGGCAGCUUUCACCACCGUUUACAUCAACAUUACAGAUGUUAAUGACAACGUGCCAUUCUUCACCUCCUCCAUCUACGAGGCGUCGGUGACGGAAGGAGCCCAGAUCGGGACUUCAGUUCUCCAAGUGUCUGCACACGACAAAGACCUGGGUCUGAAUGGAGAGAUCACUUACUCUCUUCUGAGUGACAGCAGUGGAGACCACCAUCUGUUCCGCAUUGACCCGACACUGGGGGUCAUCUACACAGAAGCCGUGUUUGAUCGCGAGGCUCGCAGCUCGUAUUUGUUGGAAGUUCAGUCAGAAGACGGGCAGGAGUCGGCGCGACCUGGCAAAAACAAACAGGCCAACUCAGACACAGCAUAUGUGAGGGUUUUCAUCAGCGACGUCAACGACAACAAACCGCUCUUUGCUCAGCGGCUGUAUGAAGUCGGCGUGGACGAGAAUGCAGAUGUGGGCCUGACUGUUGUCGCCGUUAGUGCUAAUGACGAAGAUGAAGGGGCCAACGCCAAGGUGCGCUACCAGAUAACGUCCGGCAACAAAGGCGGCGUUUUUGACAUAGAGCCGGAGGUGGGGACGAUCUUUAUUGCCCAACCACUGGACUAUGAGCAGCAGAAGAGAUACAAGCUACUUGUCCUAGCGUCCGAUGGGAAGUGGGAAGACUAUGCGGCCGUGGUGGUCACUGUGGUGAAUAAGAAUGAUGAGGCACCAGUGUUCUCCAUGAAUGAAUACUAUGGAUCGGUCACAGAGGAGCUUGACGGGUCACCAGUGUUUGUACUACAGGUGACAGCCACUGACCCAGACAAAGAUGCCGACCAGGGCGCCAUACGGUAUUCCAUUCAUGGCCAAGGGGCAGAGUCGCACUUCAUGAUCAACGACAUCACGGGGGAGAUGUAUGCCCAGCGCACCAUGGACCGAGAAGAGCGCGCCGUCUGGCGCUUUGUCGUCAUGGCAACAGACGAAGAGGGCGAGGGACUUACCGGCUUUACGGAUGUGAUUAUAAAUGUGUGGGACAUCAAUGACAAUGCCCCCACUUUCUCCUGUGCUCCGGAUAAUUGCCACAGUAGCGUGGCGGAGAACUCCCCCCCUGGGGCGCUUGUUGUGGAAAUGACGGCGGUAGACAGUGACGACGCGGCCGUGGGUCAGAACGCGAUCCUCACCUACAGGAUUAUUGAGAACGCACACAACGAGAACAAUGUCGAUCUCUUCACUAUUGAUUCCAGCACUGGCACCAUAUCUGUUGCAGCUGUGGGUCUGGACCGGGAGGUUACUGAAAACCACCGGCUGGUUGUCGAGGCCCGGGACGGCGGCGGCAUGACGGGUACAGCUACUGCCACCGUCAUCGUAACAGACAUCAAUGACCACGUCCCAAAGUUUAAAGAGGACUGGUGCGGUGCUCGUGUGCCAGAGAGCACGAAAGAGGACGCUCCGAUUCUGGAGUUGAGCGCCGUGGACCCGGACGCCGGCACGUAUGGACAGUUGACCUUUAGCGUGGUGGCUGGAGACCCAGAGCAACAGUUCUACAUGGUCAGCCACAGACUGGACCAGACAGGGACAAUGAGACUGAAGCAGACGCUGGACUUUGAGAAACCAGGGAAGCAGCGGUUCAACCUCACCAUUAAAGUGGAGGACUCUGACUUCUCCAGCCUCAUCCACUGUCUGGUACAAGUGGAGGAUGAGAAUGAUAACGUCCCUGUGUUUGACCCGAGUUCCCACCCUCCUGCUCCUCUGCCCGAGGACACCAGUGUAGGAACCAGUGUCAUCCAGGUCGUGGCCACUGACUCGGACUCAGGUCUGAACGGGGACAUUUUGUACAGCAUUCACCCCGACUCGGACCCAUAUGGACAUUUUACCGUCAGUCGAGCAGGGGUGGUCACAGUCGCCAGCCCGUUGGACAGGGAGAAGCUGGCAGGUUAUGAACUUGUGAUCAUGGCGACAGACCAGGGUUCCCCGGCACUGACUGGUAGUGUCACCGUCCACCUGCAGCUGCUAGACACCAAUGACAACGGGCCGGAGCUGGAGGCGGAGUACGCUCCAGUGCUGUGGGAGAACAGUCUGCCACCUCAAGUGGUCUGGCUCAACGAGAGCUCGACUCUGCUCCAUGUUGUGGACAGGGACUCGCCAGAGCACGGGCCUCCGUUCUCUCUCUCCAUACCCACGCUUUUCUCCACCGACUUCCACCUGCAGGAUCACGGGAACAGCUCUGCCACUCUCACCGCCCUGCGGCGAUUCGACAGGGAGAGGCAGAGCGAGUUCCGCCUGCCGCUGAUUAUGACAGACAGCGGCGAUCCGCCAAUGACGGCCACGAGCACGCUCACAAUCACCAUCGGGGACCAGAAUGACAACGCCCAUCAGGCUGGAGAGAAAGAUGUCUAUGCGUACAGCCGCAAGGGAAGGAUGACAAACGCAGCACUGGGGAAGGUGUAUGCCCCAGAUCCUGAUGACUGGGACAACAAGACCUACACUCUGGAGACAAGUGCAGCCAAAUACUUCAGCCUGAACCAGAGCACGGGCGAGCUGACCAUGCGACAGAACACUCCGGCGGGAAGCUACUGGCUGCGGGUCCGGGUGUCCGACGGGGUGUGGCCGGACGUGGUGUCAGGCGUCCGAGUUCAUGUCCGGGAGCUGGUGGAGAAGGCCGUCCAGUCGUCCGCCUCGCUGCGUCUGACAGGCAUCACGGCUCGAGAUUUCAUCGGGUCUCGAGUCGAGGGCAAGAGUCGGCUGGAGAUGUUCUGGGACUUCCUGUCUGAAAGCCUGUCCGUCAGGUCGGGGAGCAUCAACAUUUUCAGCAUGGCCGACAGAGAGGACCGAACGGUGGACAUCCAUUUCUACGUGCUAACUGAUAAUGGCUACCUGCGCCCGGAGAAGCUGCACGCUGUCCUCGCCGCACAUAAAAAGAAGCUGCAGUCCCUGCUGCGUGUGAGCGUGAGCCAGGUGCAGGUGGACGAGUGUGUGCGCACAGACUGCAAGAAAUCCGGCGGCUGCUCCACACAGCUAAGCAUCAGUGACUCGCCCACCCUGGUGGACUCGGGCGCUGUCUCCCUGGUGUCGGUGAAGCUGACGUCCUCGGCCGUGUGUGGCUGCGCUGCCAGGGAGAUGACCCACCAGCCCUGCUCCUCCUAUCCCGGUAACCCCUGCCUCAAUGGGGGGACCUGCAUCGACACCCAGAACGGAUACAGGUGUCACUGCCCCCCACAGCUGGAGGGGCCAGACUGUCAGCAGACGAGACUCAGUUUCCUAGGUGACGGCCAUGCCUGGUUUCCCCCCAUAAGGCCAUGUUUUGAUAGCCAUCUUUCACUGGAGUUUAUGACGGAGGAGGACGACGGGCUGCUGCUGUAUGCCGGGCCGGUCGCCACUCUCCUGCCUGGGGACUCGGAGGACUAUAUGGCCAUAGAGCUGAUUAGUGGGACACCCAGUCUGAAAAUUAACCACGGCUCUGGGACCCUGGUGCUCCAGUUAACGAAUAACGUUGGCGUGGCUGACAGGCGCUGGCAUCGCCUUGACGUGAGGAGCAACAGCAAAGAAGUGCGCUUCACUCUGGAUCGAUGUUCCACUGCCAUUGUCAUGGAGACUGAAGGCGUGGACUCAUGGGCGAUGACAGAGGACCGCUCGUCCUGUGAAAUCCGAGGGGUCACACCCAACAGGGACAAGUACCUGAAUGGGAGCCAUGUAUUGCAGCUCGGAGGGGUCAGCAGGAACAUAUCGUAUGAAUACCCGCAGCUGCAGCACAAACACUACACCGGCUGUAUAAGGAACCUGCUCGUGGACACUAAGCUGUACGACCUUGGUUCCCCGGCUGUAUCCUCCAACACUGUGCCGGGCUGCUCUCUUAUUGAUGACCAAUGCACCAACAUGGAGCCGCCUCCCUCCUGUGGCAAGAGGGGUCGCUGUCUCGGCGAGUGGGGGCCCUUCAGCUGCCUCUGUGAGCCGGGGUUCACCGGGCCGCUCUGCGAUCAAGUGGCUCCGGAGUUUUCCUUUGACGGCCGCAGCCACAUCCAGUUCCAGCUCUCGUGGUCCCUGCCCGCCCGGCAGACCCGGGCCCAGGUCGGGGUUCGGACGCGUGCCGCCGCCGGCGUCAUCCUCAGUCUGCUCACCCAGGAGCAGAAUGAAUACCUCCGUCUAGAGGUUAUUCAGGGUCUCCUGGCCGUUUUCUACAACCUCGGCGAUGGCGACUACAACAUCACGCUGCCCUUCCAUCGCCUCAACGACGGCGAGUGGCACGACGUGGCGCUGGAUCGGUACGGCCGGGAGUUCACCCUGCAACUGGAUGGAGGCGGAGGACGGCGGGAGGUGACAGUCUCACCCGGGCGGGGUCAGGAAAUCAUUAUCGACCCCUCGGCGGUGAUGAUUGGAAACUCUUUUCCCUCGGGACACAACCGGAGCUUCCUCGGCUGUUUGCGAGAUGUACGAUUCAACGGCCGCUCCGUCUCCCUGGACAGAGAGCAGACUUCAGAAGGGCUUCAGGUGGUGACCUCGCAGGGCGUCUCUGUCGGCUGCUCCUCAGACGCCUGCAGGAGACAUCAGUGCUCGGCUCCCCUGGUCUGCGUGGACCUUUGGAGGCACCACGAGUGCAGGUGCCCUCCAGGCCACCUGACCAAAGAGAGCUCCCUGGGCAAAGCCUGCGUCUACACCCUGUGCGCCGGCCGGCCCUGUCGCCACGGCACCUGCGUGGCUCACUCCCCGGCCCGCUACUCCUGCCACUGCAGCGAGGGCUACAGGGGGCGCCACUGCGAGGUCACGCUCGCCAUGUUCCACAACGAGGACGGCAACAGCCUCAGCCUCAGCUCCAUGUUCGCCAUCAGCAUCUGUGUCUUGGCCUUUCUAGUGUUGAUGCUGGGCCUGUUUCUCUACUCCUGCUGGAGGAGGCACAAGGGCCUGAAGGAGGGCGUGUACCACGUGUCGGCGCACCACGGCGAGUGGGAGGACAUCCGGGAGAACGUGCUCAACUACGACGAGGAGGGAGGAGGCGAGCAGGACCAGAACGCCUUCAACAUGGUGGAGCUGCAGCGCUCCCUCCAGCCCAGCCCGGCCCAGUCCCUGAGGUACAGUUACCCCCAGAGCAUCGUCUCCUACCCGCAGACCAAGCUCCCGCAGGACAACAACAAGAAGGAGGCGCCCAACGGCAGCGCGGCCAUCGCCCUGCGGCUCGCCAUCCCCCCCUCGGAGACCCAGACCCUGCCGUCACCUCUGACCUUCCGCCGCUCCCACAAAACCCUCUCCUUCUCCAGCCAGGACUUGGCCCGCUACCUGUGUGAGGUCAUCAGGGACAUGGAGCACCCGGGGGAGCUGGGCACCAUGACCACGCCGCGCCGGCCCUCGGGGAAGGAGCGCGGCGUGGCGUCGGUGCGCUCCCUCAGCUCCCUCAGCGCCUCUGAGGGUUCGGAGGUCCGGCUCCAGGGGGGCCAGGGCGGCCGGCUGGACAGGUUCAAAACCCUCCGAGCUGUGGUGUGCGAUUUGAGAGGAGACCCCAAGGCUCCCGAGGGCCAGAGAGACAAAGUGAAGGAGAGCAGAGGGCCGCUGAGCUGUGAGAAGAGCGGCUGA